UCUUACACGCUCACGGCACACAUCAAUUUGAUUUGUGUGUCGUGAGUAGUUGCUACACAGUACACGCACGUCGCACACUCAAAACGACGCCAAACGUCACGGACCGCGGUCGGUCGUUUCUGUACGUUUUAUACUUGUAUAAAAAAAAAUUAAUAUUUUAGUAGUCACCUGCGGUCGGUUAUAGUGACGGGGUGGAUACCUAUCUAUUCUACUGGCUUACCUGGCAUCAACGACGUAUCAGUACAGUGCACUAGUUUGUAUUCAGUCACGAAUGUUCGAUGAUCAUCGUUGUAUAUGACUUGUGAGUAGAUAAAAUACCAAAUAUGACUUUUAAAGGCUGCAUGAAACGGAUUGUUGUAUUAUAGAUCUUUCAAUAUCAAACUACUUUAUUAUAGCUUCAUUGUGCUGUGAAAAAAUACAUAUAUCUCAAUAAUGGCACCAUGCAUGUGUUUUUCAUUUAUGAAACCUGUGAUGAUAUUCUUGUUAAUUUGUGUUUUCGCGACAUGCUGCAUAACAUCAAGUUUCUUUGCAAUAAUAAUAUUUCUUGUAUUCAUAGUUAUACCAAUUGUUUUUCGAUAUUCACCAUCACUUCAAAGAGGAAUGAUAUUCCUAAAUUAUGUUCGUAUGCCAUCUACCGUUAAUUAUAGUCAUCCCGAAAAGUAUGGAAUCAGAGGAACUAGAAACUUCCAUAUAAAAACAAAUGACAAUAUGACAUUAGGUGUCUGGCAUGUAUUACCACGUAAUCUGUUGGAUAAAUACGAAGAUGAUAAUUCAACUCAUGAACAACUUUUAAGUCACGGUGAACCAAUUGUGAUUUAUAUGCAUGGCAACUCAGGUACACGGGCAAACGAACAUCGAGUUCAGUUGUACCACGUGCUUCAAGAUAUCAACUGUCAUGUAAUAGCUGUAGAUUAUAGAAGUUAUGCUGAUUCUACGGACGUCGAAGUCAGUGAGCUUGGCGUGGUUACGGAUGCAAUGGAAAUGUUUAGAUGGGUGCAUAAACGUGCUAACGGUACUCCAAUCUUCGGCUGGGGCCAUUCUUUGGGAACUGGAAUCGGAGCACAUGCAUAUUCACUGCUAGAAAAAGAAGGUCUCUAUCCAAAUGGCCUCAUACUAGAAGCUCCAUUUACAAAAAUGAGUGAUGAAAUACGUGAAUAUCCGCUUACUAAGAUUCAUCGGCUAUUACCUUGGUUUGAGUUUUUCAUCAUUGAACCAGUUGAAAAAAAUAACAUCAUUUUUGAUACAGAGAAGAAUUUGAUGAAUACCAAAAUGCCAAUAUUGAUUUUGCAUGCACGUGAUGAUAUUGUAAUACCUUACCAACUAGGUGAAAAGUUGUACACACAUCUAUUGGAAACUAGAAAAAAUGUUACUACUAAAUUAGUGUUGUACGACAAACAUUUUAAGUAUGGGCAUAAGCAAAUAUGUAAAGAUAAAGAAUUAGGAAAUAGAACUCGGAAAUUUAUCAACGAGUCUAUAAACAAUUUACCUCAAUAAAUGUUUAUAUUCUCUUAUCUGCCAUUAAUAUAGACACGUAUAGCGCAUGCAGAUAAUAUGAAUUUUUUUAUUGUAUUUGCUUAGCUCAAUUUUUAUUGUUGUAUGAUUGUAUCUAAAUCAUCUACAAUAAUAUCAUUAUGAAAGUGAUACUACUUUUUAGCACAGUAAUAAUUUAAUAAAAAUUAAUGUUUUUGUAAUUGUGACAAAUAUUCUAUUGGUGUAUUAUUGUGUACCUUUUACAAUUCAUUUUAUACUAUUACAUUG